ACAAACAGAGUGUAGUUCUGUUUCUGUUUAAUUCCCCAAGAAGAGAUAUACAAUGUUAGAGCAGAGUGAUUUGUAAGUGGAAUAAAAGAAACAAAGGUUUCUGUUGCUGAAAGGAGGAGCUUCUUGAUUCUUAUAUUGGCUUUUUCAUUCCCUUUUCAGAGAGAGCUAGUGAGUUACUAUUACAUUGCUUUGUUGUUUUCUUGCUCAAGAGAGAAAAAGUGUGGAGUACCUUCUUGGCUCACUCAAUUAUUUGAUGAGGUAACUUUAAUUUGCGAAUGAAGGUUUGGAGAGGGGUACCAUGAAGAUGCACAUGUGAACACAAAUUUCCAACAAAUCAAAUAGUAGUUAACUGAAAAAUCAAAGCUCGCUUAAAAUUGGUAAGAAAUAAUGGAGAAAGUUGUGAGGUCAUGCGACAAGGAAUACAUGAAGAUGGCCAUGCUCAAACAUGAACAAACUUUCAGAGAACAGGUAUAUGAACUUCACCGUUUAUAUAGAAUUCAAAAGAUACUAAUGAAGAACAUUGAAGUAAGUGAAGGAGGAUGGUACUUCCACAACACCAUUAGUAAUAUAACUUCAAAUGGCCAUAUACAUCAUCAAAAGGGUACAAGUCAAGAAAAGCCACAACUAAUGUUUCCAUUCAAUCUUGAUCAACAACAACAACAACAACCACCUGUGCUAGAGGAACAUAUUGCAGAAUCAGAAAAUAAUAAUAAUAAUAAUAAUAAUAAUAAUAAUAAUAAUAAUAAUAAUGGGAUUUUAGAUUUCAUAGAAGAGAGUGAGAUUGAGUUAACACUAGGGCCCUCAAGUUAUUACAACAACAACAACCGCAAGAUAAUCAAGAAAGUUAUUGUGACACCAAUAACUUGGGAUUCAGGGCAUAGCUUGUCUUCUUCUUCAACUGGGUCAAGUGAUGUCAACAACAAGACAAGGUUCCAUAAUAAUAAUGGAGUUGUUAUUAGGCAAAAUUUUGAUGCUGUUGAUGAAGAGCGUUUGAGACAAGAGAGUUUGAAGAAACAAGCACCUUGGCUUUUUCAUCAAGUAUUCAAUCUCAAUCUGAAUAUGACUCGGGAAAAGAAACAUAAAUAAAAAUCUAAUAUGUCGCUGUGUGUGAUGAUGUAUAUAAUGUGAGGUGUUUUUAAUUUAAAUUAUUACUUUAUGUGAUUAAUUCAAAGA